AAUGGAAAAGAAGCGGUCCAAAAAUCAAACCUAGUUCUAAUGAACUACUAAUAAUUCGAUCUAACACUCACAUUAAAACUAAAUAAAUAAUAGUCAAAGUAGACCACGUACAUUGUAAUCAAUUUCGACAUUCACACGUACGCUUUAUUAUCUCCAGCACCAAAUAAAAGUAAACAAUACCCACAAACCCAGUAACCGAAUUUCAGGACGGAUGCAUUCGUUGACCUUCAUACUGCAUCAUUAUAUGGACACUAGUGUAUGAUUAUGACUAAACGAGCACCUUUCGAUAUGCUAAGCGAGAAGCGACUGUAUUUUAAAGGAGCAAAGUUUAUUUUAAGUUGCGAUCAACCUGAGAGACAAGUCAACCCAAGUUUAGCGGCUGGUGUAACUUGACCCGCGAUUCUGAUUGUCCGCUUCCCGUGUCGUAGAGAACGCCUAGACGAAUUUAUUGCAAUGGUUCCCGCUCCGGCGGUGCACAUAUUAUCGAUGAGUCACUCGAAUUAAGACGGCAGCUUUCCAAACGAAAGGUCCGCAGUAGCGGGGCAAUUAUCUUUUUGCUCGGAACCCGUUACUUAGACGCGGAGGAGGCUGCGAUCGGCCGCAGUGUUCAGCCGCAUCCCGAGCACGGUGGUCGGUCACCCAUCUCGCCAUGUCUCGAGCACUGGUCCUGGUCGCGCUGGUCUGCGUGGGUCUCGCGAGCGCGCGGCCGGUGCGGAAGACCCUGAACUUCAACAUGUUCUUCCUGAAGCCGCAGGACUCGACGGAGCGGACGGUCGUCACCGCCGAUGGGAUUUCUAGGUUCGGCCCCAUCCUGGAGUACCUGGUGCAGCGAGUCCAGAACGUGAUGUCAGUGCGGCUGCCCCCGAAAGAGGAUCCUUCGGGGGCACCCGAACAGCAGGUGCCCCACGCGGACCCGGCGGAGAACGACAUCGACUCCCCUAUGGCCAGCGAGUCCAAGAUGCUGCCGGGGGUGGUGGUGCGGCCCUCGCGGACCAGGCCCGGGACCUACGAGGUGGAGAUCGACGUGGUGGUGGACGAGGAAGCUCCCCAGAGACAAAGCUAAGACUCGGUAUUAGUUAAGUUUAUUUAUUGCCAUAUUGUUAAGGAAAAUAAAAUGUGUUAAUUUUA